GGCGACGGCGACGGCUCCUUAUGGGGGUGCUCGCGACGCUCGCGUUGAUGUUGAUGGUCGCGCGCGUGCACGCGUGCCCGGACGUGGACCGCGGACGUGCGGAUGUCCAAGUCGAAGGACGGCGGCGCGGGAGAGGAUGGUGAGGUCGGUGAGGUCGAGGUGACUUGUCCUGUGGCUGUGUCCCGUGUCGGCUGUAUCCUGGGCGCGGCGCGCGGCGGAAAAAAGAGAGCUGCGAAAGUGAAUAUAAGGCGCGGACCGUGCGGCGGCAGUUACGGACACGCACACUGCACAGGGGACAGGGUCGGCCGGUAUCGGUAUGUGCACGCGGUCUCGUCGGAGCGGGAUACCGGUCAUCUUGGCGAUCAUCCUUUUCUGGCGAGUCUGCUGCUGUCGGAGCGGUGGACCGGGCGGCCCAGGCCCGUGUAACGUUGUCGCCGAUGGACGGGAGCUGCUGUGCCGUGGCACCGCGCUGCUCUCCGUUCAGCUUAUCGACGAUGUUGACUUGUUGAAAGCCCGUGUUCCUGUUAACGUUACGAGGAUCGAUUUGACUAACAACAAUAUAACGGACAUUCCACCACGUGCUUUCCAUCGAUUUCCCAAUCUCGAAAUUUUAUUUCUGCGACGUAAUCAUCUACGUGCCAUUCAUGAUGACGCGUUUAUAAACUUAGCGAAUCUUCGUAUAUUGGAACUCGAUGAAAAUUAUUUAACCGAGAUACCGGCUGCUGCUAUAAAUCUACCUAGUCUCGAAGAAUUAUCUAUAUCGAAUAACAAAAUAGAACGACUCACGAAAGAUGCGUUACGCCACGCUAGUACGUUGCUGUCGCUCGAUUUACGCGGAAAUCCUAUCAAGGAGAUACACGACGAAACCUUCCAGACGCUUGGCAAACUUCGUAAGUUAAUAUUGUCAAACGUGAAGGACGUGCGGCUUUUUCCCAAUCUAAAUGGAGUAGCAUCUUUGGAAGUAUUGAGAUUAGAUCGUUCCCAGUUGAAGGAGGUUCCUCCUAAUCUUUGCCGGCUGUGUCCGAAACUUAAAAGUCUCGACAUGAAAUCCAAUUCUCUGACAGAGAUACCAAAUUUACGGAACUGUACGGAACUUCGCGUUUUGGAUUUAGCUAGUAAUAUGAUUUCUACGUUACCUGACGAUACCUUUAAAGGUUUGAAUAUGCUGCACGAUCUUCUCUUGUCCAACAAUAACUUGCAGAGCAUUUCCAGUGACGCGUUUACCGGAUUACCUAGACUCCAAGUUUUAGACUUGGAGAAUAAUUAUAUCGAAUAUAUACAUCCCGAUGCAUUCAGAGAAACGAAACGGUUGCAAGACUUAAAUUUAGGAAAUAAUGUUUUCCCUACACUGCCGAUAAGAGGUCUUGCAGGAUUAUUGCAUCUUAAGACGUUUAAUAAUCCUGCAUUGCGAGAAUUCCCAUCUCCUGAAAGAUUUCCACGAGUACAAACAAUGUUGCUGUCAUACGCUUAUCACUGCUGCGCGUUUCUCUCGCUCGAAGUAGAGGAAUCUGCCACAAAAUCGCCGGUGCAGGAAUCGAUUUUGUUUCCCACUGACGAUUUUGAUACUAGUUUGUGGAAUUCGACAUUUAGCGAUAUCUGGCCACACGUGGAUAAUUUGACCGACAAAUUCGGAUCGCAGAUAAAUGAACUUUUGGCUAACUUUGGUUCAGACUUUACCUAUCCCGGAAACCUGGCUUCCUACGUAGAAGAUUAUUUCGAGAAUCUAAACGGUCGGACGACAUCGACAGGUCGAACUGCACCCUCUCGAAUUCAAUGCUUGCCGCAACCUGGUCCUUUCCUACCGUGCCAAGAUUUAUUCGACUGGUGGACUUUACGAUGCGGCGUAUGGAUAGUCUUCCUCCUUGCCAUGCUCGGGAAUGGCAUUGUAGUGUUUGUCUUAAUAUUCUCGAGAAGCAAGAUGGAUGUGCCACGAUUUUUAGUCUGCAAUUUAGCCGCUGCCGAUUUUUUCAUGGGUAUUUAUCUAGGUUUAUUGGCUGUUGUUGAUGCAUCGACAUUAGGAGAAUUUCGACGGUACGCAAUACCGUGGCAAAUGUCGGCCGGAUGUCAAUUAGCUGGCUUUCUGGGAGUCCUCAGCUCUGAACUGAGCGUGUACACCCUUGCUGUGAUCACUUUGGAGAGGAAUUACGCGAUAACGCACGCGAUGCAUCUGAACAAGCGGCUUUCGCUGAAGCACGCAGGCUAUAUUAUGACGAUAGGAUGGUGCUUCGCUUUGUCUAUGGCGAGUCUGCCGCUCGUGGGAGUUUCGGACUAUAGAAAAUUCGCUAUUUGCUUACCGUUCGAAACUAAUGGCAACGCGGCACUCGCGUACGUAGUAUUUCUCAUGCUCAUUAACGGAGUAGCUUUUCUGAUAUUAAUGGGAUGCUACUUGAAGAUGUACUGCGCGAUACGAGGCUCCCAGGCGUGGAAUUCCAACGAUUCUCGCAUAGCGAAGAGAAUGGCAUUACUCGUCUUCACCGAUUUUCUCUGCUGGUCACCGAUAGCCUUCUUCUCUCUCACGGCGACCUUCGGACUGCAGUUGGUGUCUCUGGAGCAAGCGAAAGUUUUCGCGGUAUUCGUGCUACCGCUCAACUCUUGUUGCAAUCCUUUUCUAUAUGCGAUCCUUACGAAACAAUUCAAGAAGGAUUGCGUGUUGAUAUGCAAAGCGAUCGAGGAGUCACGUGUAACUCGAGGUAUCGGUAGGUGCCGACAUAGUUCGAAUUUUAGCAAUCGGCAGACACCCGCCAAUACCAACAGUCUCGUCGAUCGAUCGUCGCGAGAGAACCAGGGACUUCAAACACCCUGCGCUUGUAACUCAUCGAGACUCCUGGAAACUGGAAGCCGUUGCUCAUCUUACCGUUGGUGGAGCGCCGGAAUGUUCUGGCCGUGUACGCGCGACUCCCGACCACGGCACGCGCGUAACGAUCAGUACGCCUACCAGAUCGCCCAGAUUCAACAGAAACAGCAUAAACGGGCGUCGUCGGUAUCGUCCAGCGAAAAUUUCUCCUCGUCCAGAUCCGAUUCUUGGCGACAAACGCACCACUGCGGCAUUCCGCUCAGACUGCUAGAUCCGAAACGGAGGACUUCCUCUUGGCUGAUCACUAGGAAACCAUCGCAGGAUUCGACGUUAAGCUCCUCGCGUAACGACUCUUCUGGUUCCGCGACCACUGCCAGCACCAGUACCUGGCGCAUCUCGAGAUCCAGUGCCUCUUUAGAACGUAGCGCGCGUACGACGCCGAGACCGAUCAGACCGAAGCCGCGACUAACUCGUCAACUCGCCAUCCAGGAACCGGAACCUCCAGGAUCUCCGGGAAGACUGGCCGUUAGGCUACUCGCCACGAUACCUUCCGCGGCUGAGACCAGCGAUCAACAAGACGACGAGAAUAUAUCGAAUACAAGUUAAAUAUUUCUAUCUCUAACUAUACAUAUUUUUAUGUAUUAUACAUAUGUAAUAUGCGUCGCACGUUUUAAGUGUAUUCUCGUCGAGCGACGUCUUCGAGCAAAUUCAGUAUUAACAAUCUUCGCUGGUAUACCUGCGUAGGAUAUGUAGCUGUACGUAUAUUUAUAUUUUUGGCGUUUUGUACAUGUUAAAACGUGUUGCUUAAGUGAAGUAGAAACGUACAAAAACGUGCCAGACGUUACGUAACGAGUAUAUAUUAAUUGUCACGAUACGGUUUCAAAUAUCUAUCAUUCUUUAUUCAAUGUUGCUAUAUUUGUACGUUGUGUAUUUUAAACGAAAAUUUUAACCAAGAUCUUAAUGAGAUAUGUCAAUAUCUUUAUACCAACGAAUAUAAAUAUUAUUAAGAAGUAAUGGGCGACGUUAUUUAAUAAAUGCAUUCGUUCUUGUCAAACGUUCUUUGCCAAAACGUACGCGGAUUUGUCAAAUCGCGACACUGAUCCAUUUCGGUUACGUGCAUAAACGUCUAACGAAGUAGUCCGUCCGUUCGUAUAUGUAUAUGAAUAUGUUAUAUAUUUGUACUUUUAUGUUAUAAGACUGAUUAUGAGUUUUUAAACUCUGUACCAUUUACACCGAUCGUGGGUCAAAGAAUUUUAGCUACUAGUCCCAAUAGCCAGUAGUCAUUCGAUAGCUGUGUAUGUACAUCGAACUUUGUAUGCAUGCAUACAUAUAUGUAUGUGUGUAUGUAACGAUAUUAUGACUUAAUACUUAUAU